AUGGUAACUCAAGGAGCAGUUGCUUUGUCUGAAGAGACGAAAAAAGCUCUACUCAAGGCUUCUGGUGGGAAAACUUUGGAGGAACGUCGAGCGAGGUUGCAGAAUCUUUCUACAUUGUACUUCGGAAACGGAACAACACUCAAAAACCAGAGCAAGAUCUCAGCUGUAGAGGUAUUAACUGAAGGAUCUGCGCCUGAAGCGGACAUUGAACCUAGUAUAGAAAAAAUCAACGCGAGAGAAGGUGUUUCCGAAUAUCUUUUCCAGGCUGAUAUUAACUUAUCUGAGGAACAACUAACAUGGAUUGAAGAAAGCAUCGCAAAAAAUGACUCCGCUCGGACCAAACGUCAAGUAUGGCUGAAUGCAGUUGUAUGGACAGAUAACACUGUCUAUUACUACUUUGAUGGAAGCAUAGAUACACAGAAGCGAUCCAUCGUUAACAAGGCGUUGAAUUAUCUGCGAUCUCGGACAUGUAUUAAAUUUGUUGAGAGCCAGGUUGCUCCUAACAGAAUACGUGUGUUCAAUGGGGCUGGAUGUUGGUCAUAUGUUGGAAUGAUGGGAGGUGUGCAGGAUCUCUCGUUGGGUACCGGCUGUAGUCAGGUAGGUAUUGCUGCACACGAAUUUACUCACGCCUUGGGAGUAUAUCAUAUGCAAAUGCGAGAUGAUCGUGAUAAUUACGUAAUGGUUGACCUGACAAAUGUGCCGACAAAUAUGCAGGGAAACUUCGGGAAGCUACCUACAGCUGAAUCGAUAAACUACAAUCCGUACGAAUAUGGCAGUUGCAUGCACUAUCAGUCAAAUGCGUUCGCUACUUCUGGCGAUUCAAUGAUUCCUAUUGAAGGAGAUUAUUUGAACACUCUUGGUUCUCGUGUAAUCUCUUUCUAUGAUGUCAAAACAAUUAACGAUCAUUAUAAAUGUAUUGAUCAAUGUCAAGUUGCUCCUGCAGCGUGUACAAAUGGAGGGAUCCCGAAUCCCAAUAACUGUGCGGCCUGCGUUUGCCCGUACGGAUACGGAGGAGCUUUGUGCGGUGACCGGCCUACUGGAUGCGGCUCAACGCUCACGGCGACUGCCCUCUGGCAGGUGCGACAGUUCACUUUCGGUAGUGCUACGUCAACUACGACUCUCGACAUGCCUCUGCUCUGCAAUCAUUGGAUACAGGCUCCCGCUGGCAAACAGGUUCAAGUCCGGGUCACCUACAUAAAGGACCCGAAAUGUCAGAAGGGUUGCAACUUAAAUUCUAUUGAACCGAAAAUUAAAGCCGACCGUAUGAUUACAAAUGUUAGGUGA